UUUUUAACAAUCUUAAAAAUUAAUUGCAUUUACCAAUCGACAAUGCUUAAUACCUCUAGUACUACAACUGCGAAUGCCUCUUUGCCUACUAUGCAAGGGCCAACCGAAAAGUUGAAAUAUCCAUUGGUUUGUGUGACACCAUUUGGGACUAUUUCAAUCACCAUGGCGCAUAAUGUGAAUAUUGAAAUUAGUUUGGAUCGUUCUAUUCGUGUCGUAUGCUGGAAUAAGUUUGCGGUAUUUUUUUCAAAUUUGUUGAUGUUCUCAAAUGUGUUUACAAUUAACAGAUCUCAAGUACUCAUAAGGGCUCAAAGUCUGGGAUUCUCCAUCCAUUCGGGCACAUACUUCAGGAGGAAGAUAAAGUGUUCUGUUAUUUUUGUGAGUUUAUUUUUUAUGCUUUCUUGGGAGGCGAACUAUAUUUUACCUCAAAAUUUAACAGAUCCUGGCAAUGAUAGUACUAAUUUGGAGACGCCAACUAAAAGCGGCAUUGGAUUGCCAAAACCGAAUACUGAUACCAAUUGGAUUCGUACGAACCUGAGUAACCAUCCUAAAGUACCUGCUGAUUUUAUGGUUGGAAAUAUUGGUAUGCCAUUGAUUAAUGAUAAUGGAUUGGCUAAUACUCAAGAGGGAUCUGUUGUGAAUUUGGCGAAAAUGGCAAUUCUUGGUACUCAAGGCGUUCUUUUCUCCAUGUCUCAUCUGAAAGAUGCUUUUCUUGUUUCGGCUGCUGCCGCUCGUGGCACUUCUGCUCUCUCUAUGGAUCGUAUUCAAUUCCCAUCGUUGCGAUAUGAUUAUACUUUGCGCCAAUUUUAUGUUGACUCGCAAGUUUUUGGGUCCUAUAAUGAUUCGGCUGAAUAUCUUCCAAAAGUUUAUGCCUGCGAUGAUAUUGUUCACCGUGCAAGAUAUGAGGAGAAAAGUGGCAUGUUAUUUAGUGUCAGUAUUAAUGGUUUUCUGAUUCGUCAGAAGCUUGAUGGUGAUGUUGAAGUAUUUUGUCGUCCUCGCCAAAUUGUUUGUUCUCCAAGUCAGUCCACUAUCCAUCUUCGUGGGUCUAAUGUUGAAAUGGAAGUUCAGAGUGAUGAGAAAGCUUAUGUUAAGUGUGGAGCUAAGCGAGUUCACGUUUCGCGUAGUGGAAUGGUCGUUUCUGAUGGGAAUUGCACUACUUCGAUGGACCAUAUUGGGUUUGUUUGUUUCUAUGAAAAUAUUCUUAAAUGA